UUGCGCAGCUCCUUCAACAAAGCCUUUAGUAAGAAGGGCUCCAAGCAGUCAGGGCCAUACGCUGACAUUGAGGAAAUUUCCACCCCAGAAUCCUCUGCACCUUCCUCCCCCAAAGUGCACUAUGGUGGAGACAAAACCUCAUUGUCCAUGAAAUCCUCAGCCUCUGCAUCAUCGUCAGGACUCUGUGAGGAAGGCGAGGAAGGCGAGGAGGGCGAAGAGUGCGAUGAGGGCGAUGAAAAGGUUGUAACAGGACUGCGCACAGAGCUGUGGGAAAAGGAGCGCAAACUGACAGACAUCCGGCUGGAGGCUCUGAGCUCGGCCCAUCAGCUGGAGCAGCUGCAGGACGCCAUGAGCAGCAUGCAGUCGACAGUGGAGAACCUGAAGGCCGAGAACGACCAUCUGAAGACAGGCAGUCUGUCCCCCUGUCCGUCUCCGGGCCCCUCCAGCUCCGUCUCCCAGUCCUCAGGUCUCACUGCUCUGGGAAGUUCAUCACCUCGGCAGUCCGUAGCCAUGCACAUGCCCAAAAGCUACAGCAGAGGGCUGAGUGAGGGGGGCAGCUCAGACCUUUACUCUGCAGAUACCCUCAGUCUCUCCUCACAGAGGGAUGAUCACCGUGUUAGGGUGGUGAUAUGUGUUGCAGAUUUACGCGUCUUCAAAGAUGAGGUUAAGCAGCAGGAUUUCUUCGUCGGGACGGUCCGGGUGAACGGCCGGAUGGACUGGCCCAUGCUGGACUCGGCUGUCAGCCAGGCCUUCAAGGUGUACAUUGCCAAGGUGGACCCCAAUUCUAGUGUGGGCCUCUCUACAGACUCAAUCUACAGUUACAGCAUGGGCCACAUUAAGAGAGUGCUGGGAGGAGAAGUUCCAGAAACGCAGCCCUCUCGCUGCAUGUCCCGAGGCCCCAGCAGCAUCACAGUGGCCCUGAAAGGUUUGAAGGAGAAGUGUGUGGACAGCCUUGUUUUCGAAACCCUCAUUCCCAAACCCAUGAUGCAACACUACAUCAGUCUGCUGCUCAAACACCGCCGCCUCAUCCUCUCUGGGCCGAGCGGGACGGGUAAGAGCUACCUGGCCUCCCGGCUGGCUGAGUACCUGGUGGACCGCAGCGCCCGCGAGGUCACCGACGGCAUUGUGAUGACCUUCAACAUGCACCGCCAGUCCUGCAAGGAUCUGCAGCUUUAUCUUUCCAACCUGGCCAAUCAAAUCGAUCGGGAAAGCAGCGUGUCAGAAAUACCGCUGGUCGUUAUUCUGGAUGAUAUUCAUGCACCUGGUUCACUCAGCGAACUUGUAAACGGGGCUCUCACCUGCAAAUAUCACAAAUGUCCUUACAUUAUUGGAACAAGCAACCAGCCGGUGAAGAUGAUACCGAACAAUGGCCUCCAUCUCAGCUUCAGGAUGGUGACCUUCUCCAAUAACGUGGAACCGGCCAAUGGCUUCCUGGUGCGCUAUCUGCACAGGAAGCUGAUGGAGUCGGAGGAUGAGAAGAACUUGACCAACGAGGACCUGAUCAGGGUGUUGGACUGGGUGCCCAAACUGUGGUAUCACCUGCACGCCUUCCUGGAGAAGCACAGCACGUCCGACUUCCUUAUCGGCCCCUGCUUCUUCCUGUCGUGUCCUGUCACGGUUGAUGAGUUUCGAUCGUGGUUCAUUGACCUUUGGAACCACUCUAUUAUUCCUUACCUGCAAGAGGGGGCGAAGGACGGCAUCAAGGUCCACGGGCAGAAGGCGGUAUGGGAGGACCCGGUGGAGUGGGUGAGGGGCACGCUGCCUUGGCCGUCUGCCCAGCAGGACCAGGCCAAGCUGUUCCACUUGCCCCCCCCCAGCAUCGGCUCCAGCAGCCCCGGGCAGCCCUGCGAGGAGAGGCCUCACAAGGAGACUCCACCCAGCUCCAUGGAAUCUGAUCCACUGAUGGCAAUGCUUUUGAAACUUCAAGAGGCCGCCAAUUACAUUGAGUCCCCAGACAAAGAAGACCCUAGUCUGCCUAAACUUUGAACACAAAGUUUUCACUCAGCACUUCAAAUGUACAGGUUUUUUUGUUGUUGUGUCCACUGUGAUGCAGUGCACGUUCAGGAACAAACAAUCCCACAGAAAAAUCAUUCCCACAGUAGGUUGAAAGUAUAACUGCAAAAUUCCAAAUCCUUUUAUUACAUACAGUAUUUUCAAACGACUGUUCAUACGUAUUGAAUGAAACACUAUAUAGUAUUCCUUUAGUGUAUAGUUGACUGGAUGACAUUCACUUUAGUACCAACACAUUAGCACUCAUUACCCUUAGGUGCUAAUAGAUCACUAAUUGUCUCAGUGUUUAGAGUUCAGGUGAUUUCUGCAACAGCAUACAUGCAUCAUGGGAUGUGUGGUGUUUGUCAACAGGAGAUAUCCUCAAUCAUGGUGACUCAUUUUGGAAAAGAGUAUGACAGCAUGACAGAUGCUACUAUUUAUUGCACAGUUAUUUGGUACAUAUCUACUGUAUGUGUCUUUGAAGGCCAAAAUCGUAUACAUAUGCAAUGUUAACUUAGCAACCAGAGCAGGUGAAUCGGUUAAAAUGCCUUAACAACAAAGACGUCACCUCAAUUUCAGCAGAGGAUACCGGUGCUUUUAUAAGAUAUCAUCCCAGCUAAAAAGGUCAGGAAUCAGUUAUUUCCUCAACUUCAUCCUUUUUUAGACAUUAUAGGAUCAAUUAUUAGUAUACUUUUUUCACGUAGUUUAACAUCCUCUUUAUCAGUUAAAUGGCUUUAACUUUUUUUUUAUAUAUAUUUGCUGUCAUACUCUUUUUUGCUUAAAAAAAACCUAUUUAUUAGUGAUGUGAGUUUUGUCGCUGCGCAGUACCAUACUAUAUUUUUCAAGCACUUAAUUUAGCUUUAUGAAGUGUCACCAAUGUUGCCAUGUAUAUCAGGUAUUAGAUACUUAUUACACAGGGAUAACACAACACACACUCUUUGAUUAAGCAGAUUAAACUAUUUGAAUCUAAACCAGAUUUAUUUUAUAGGAAAGAGUACAUUUGUUUCAAAUCUUUUCCCCCAUAUUCAGAGUAGCUAGUGUAUAUAUGAUGUAAAUACAAUCAGGCUACAUCACAGCUAUUUCAUCUAUAUUAGUUGGUGCAAAUAUCUUAUAUACUGAACCAAAUACUGUUCUUUAAUCAUGCUUCUCGACUGCCAUGGUAGUGGUUUAAGUUCAACUCUGAAUGUAGAGAAAACACGUAUACAAAUUGAACAUCAUCAAUCAUCUUUUAGGUGCUUUUAAAAGAAGCCUUAUCACAAAGCUCCACUGCAACACCAUGUCUGAGUAGAGUGACUUUAAAGCUACCUAGGCCCAUUUUCAGAUUUAAUGUCAUUAUCAUCAUUAAGUUAUGGUGCUCUUGAACAACGUCCCAAAUUGCUUUAGUGUUGAAUAAAGAUCACAUAGACUUUUCAGGGUAGGUUAAACAAGUGUUGUGUGUCCUACAGUAGAACUUUCAAACACUUAGGUCAUGUGAAAAAGACCUUGAAGAUAAUUUGGAUAUGUUGAAGACAUUAAGUAGAGAUAGGCAAGUCAUGUGUGACAUUGUAUGGUACAUCCAUGUUGGUGUCAAAGUGAAACUGGAGAGUAGUUGUUCCAAGGCCAAAAGGAAAAGAUUUUAACACUUUUUAAGGUACUUUGUGUAGAUUGUGUAUGUAAAAGAUAAGCCCUAAUGGAGUAAUGGCAGACAGUAGUUGUGCAAGUGUUGUCAAAACAUUUCACCUGUUCAUUUCAGGUGCUCAGACUUAACUUCACAUGUACAUAAAUCCUGUAAAUGAAUGUCAGACCACUUUUAUGACAGCUCAAUAAGAAAGUUAAACGUUUUAAAUGCUAUCUGAGCUGCUUUAUUCUUGCACAGUUAGGCUGAUAACAAAACUUCAAGCUAAUCUGCACCUCUGAUUGGUCUCAAAAGAAAUGAAUGAAUUAAGGACAAGGAGCGAAAAGAUGCCAAAUGGACAGUGAUCCUCAAACUGGUCACAUGGGACUAAUGUCAGUUACUGUAAAUAUUUCAGGUGUUAGACAUAACCAGCCCUGGUCUGUUUCUGCAGGUUCCUAAAGCCAUCAGCUCGAGCUUCUCAUCUCAUUCACUUGUUGUUGUGCCUGUUGCUCUGUAGUAGCUGUUAAUUGUGUUCGCUUACUAGUGUAUCAGGACUAUGCAGCAACUUCAGGUCUGUCUUUGAGUUUUCAUUUGGACCAAAUUGCAACACAGGACAAAAGUGAAAGCUUGUAUUAAGCAGGAGCCUUAAAGAGAGGACGAUGGUUUGGCGUUGCAUUGAAAACAGGGUAGAUGUACGUAGGUAAAGAAAUUAAGCAGUUUGGAAGCUGUGAUGUGUGUUUUGUCCUUGAUGAAUGGCAACAAAAGUGUCAUAACUGGACUUAUAAAUGGUCAAAUGACGAUAAACAAUUUAACAAAAAGGUUUAAAAAUCGAAUGAUGAGACUGAAAUCAGCACUUCACUGUUUGAAUAGUUAAUUUUAUGUAGAAUCAGAUCAGAAGGCCAAUACAGGUUGCUGAAUAGUCAUAUUUUUGCAAAAGCUUGUUGUGGACUAAGAUGAAAAAAAAAAAAUGUAUGCAGUAUCUAAUGUCAAUGACGUGGAAAUGUCAAGGGUUCCUAAGUGUUGUAAAUGCAUGUAAACUUGCUGUGUGAUGAGAAAAAAAAGUUAACAAUAAUGUAGGCUAUUGUUUAGGAAAUUCAUGCUAGAUAAUGUUUUCCUUUGUAAUACUCAAAAUAUUUGAUAUUUCUUUCCUUCUUUUUCUAAAGAAUCCUUUGUAAAACUUAAUUUCUCUAUUUUGUACAGGGCAUCAUUGUAAAGAUUGUAAAUAGGGCAGCAUUCUGGAUGCGGCAACAAUCAUUGAGGAGGGGGAACAAACAAAAAAUCAUCCUUGAGAAAAAAUGUUUAUUUCUUCAGAGUGGGUCCAAAACAUGAAUAAGGCAUGUUUCUGAAGGCUUUCAUCCACCUAUCACUGGUCGUUGGAGUCAAUAAAAUACAUGUUAUAUUUA